UGCACACAGCUGACUGUCAAAAACAUCGUUCCAUAUCGCAAAUUUAUUUUUAUUUAUUCAGCAUAAAUGUAUGUUUUCUCUCGCGCUGGCACUAUACAAUUUGGGACUUUCUCUCGCUCUUAUUGAUUAAUUGGUUUUGAUUGCUUGUUUAUGUCAAAAGCGUAAAACACGAAAAACACAACAAAGAAACUAUUUUCAGUGUGAAUAAACACGUAAUUAAUAGAGCCUAAUAAUUUUGAUGGUAUAAUAACAAGGUUUAACAAUAAUGGCUACUUUAGUUAAAGAGAAACGUAAAGAGAAGAAAAAGUCCAAGGAUAAACGUUCUAGAACGGAAAUAGUUGAUGAUACUCCAGAAAUUCCCAGUAUUAGUAAAGAGUCCACACUAGAGGAAAAUAUUUCUACACUGAAAAGUGAAGAACAAAUUUUGGAGUCCAAAGUGGAGGUUGCAGACACGCCGAGUAAAUUUGUUUCGAAGGCAAAAAAAUUAAAAGUUCAUAUUGAAAACGAAUCUGAAGCAUCCGAGGUAUUAAUGUGUUCUUCAGACAUCUCUAAUAUAGAAAAAAGUGAACAAAUUCUUGAUAACGAGUCUGAUGUUCAAAAUAUUGAUAAAGGAGUAUCAACAACUACUGAUUUAGAAAUUGGCUAUAAAAACAUGACUAGUAAACUAAAAAGUAUGGCCAUAUCUCAGAUAACAGAAGUGAGUGAGGAAAGAAAGAAGGAAUUAGAAGAUCCUGAUGCCUAUUUGAAACACCCUGAAAACACAAAUACUCAAAAAAGUAAAGAAACAAGUUCAGAAUUACUUGAAAUAGGAACACCAGCUGUGGAUACUAAAACGUCAGAAAGCUUAGAAGAUGUGCAGCCAUCAGCCCCAGUGCUAGAAGAAGUGCCACAGGUAAAAAGAAAACGCCACAGGUUAUAUGUGAAAGAAGUUGCCCAACCCGUUGAGCCUAAAACGCAAUGUAUGUCAAUACAAGAUGCUGUAAGGUUGUUUGGAGGGAAAGAGAUAGCAGAAAUGCAAGCAAUGAGUGAAAGAGAAGAGGCUUUAGUGGAAAAUGGACCUGUCAUCGGACCUGACCAUCCUCUGGUGGAUUUAUUGUCUACAUUCAGAUCAUCACUAAUAGCAGUGGAACGCGAGCGCAACGAACUAACUGUCAAAGUGAAAGAUGAAGAGAAGAGUCGAAAUGCCCUGUGGAAAAUAGAAAAGCGCAACAUAAACAUAUCAGAGCCGUGUCUGUGCGGUGCCAGUGUAUACAUCAAAGCUAUCUAUGAGCAUGCUGAGCUGUUGAAAGAAAAGCUACCUGUAGCUAAGAUGAGACUGGAGUCGCUGUUGAGGGAUGUGCAGGAUUCUUACUGCCAUCAUCAGCAUGCAGCCUUGUUGGCACACUGUCAGAUAGAAGAACUAAUAUCAGAAACGAUACGCGGCAGUAAAGCGGAGAUUCGCAACGCACUCUCGUUGAUUUUGCAAGCAUUGCGUCUGAGUGACACUGCACCCGCGUCGCUCGCCAGCGCGCUGCAGCGGUGGGCGUGCGCGCUAGCUGGCGCACUACUAGAUGCUAGUGACGUGAGACAGCUGUUGUUCCUGAUACAUCAUUUGUUCCGACAAUCCCAUUCAGUUAAAUGGGCGUCGAGAUACAUUCGUCUGAACGUUGAAGACAGCGGGGAGGCCGCUCGAGUAAUCGCGUUGUUGGAGAUCUUGCUGGCGAGACCAAAGCCUCAGUUGGACACUGCGGUCGAGUGUACAGAGGAAACGGAGGAAGUAUGGGAAGAAGUGGAUAAACACGGCAGCGGUGGUGCGGUGAGUGACGGCACUCUUCGCGAGCGCGACCUACUCGCGUUGUUGUACGCGUUCCCGCUGAGGGACCUGGUGUCGAGGCUGCUACUCUUCACUCAUGUGGACGUAAGUCAGGCGCAGGCGGAGUCGUGGGGCGGGUGCGCGGGCGCGCGCGGAGUGGUGCGCGCGUGUUGCGGUGUGCGCGUGCUGCUGCUCGCGCUGAGCCGCGCCGCGCUCGCGCACGCGCGGUACGCUCGCCUGCAACAAGCGCUGCGCACGCUGGCCAACGCAGCGCUGCACGCGCUGGCGGGUCUGCAUCACUGCUCACGAGAAUUCUAUACUGAAGAACUAAAAGGCAAGAUCAUAGCGGAGUUAGAAGCGUGUUUCACUGCUGGCUUCCUGUUGUUCGGGACCGAGGAACUGGACUCGCUACCGGCCUCGCUCCUGGCUGAUGACACCGCUAUGGAUUACUGCGUCACACUGGGCCUGGCUUUACAUGAUAAAUCUCCGCGACAUGUGGAGUCGUUGUCAAUAGAUCUCCCGGUGGGGUCGUGCGAGAUGCGCGUGCGCAUGGUUGCACAGGCGGCGAUAGAUCGCGCCUAUGACCACCAGCUAGCCAGGACCGUGUUAGAUUUUCUAUUUACGACGUGCCUCAAAAGCAAGUCGUCCCAGUGCAAGAGCGGGUGUGUGACGUCAGCGCGCGCGAGCCUGCCGCGGCUGCUGCGCGCGCACCCCUACCUCUACACCAUCGCGCUGCACACGCUCGCCGACCUGCACCACACGGACCCAAUAGAGCCGUGGGCAGUAACUGCGCUGAACGUAGGUGUGUGGCGUCCCACGAGCGGUGAGCUGCGAGCGUUGCUCGACGACUGGCUCCUGCGCUGCGAACAUCUCAUACAGCACCUGCUACUCAACCUGGACUACACGCCGCAUACGGGCGUGUCGCUAGAGUCCCAGCUGACAGUAGGUCGUUGGCUAUGCGGUUGGGUGUCGGGUGCUGAGGCGCGCUGGCGCGUGCUGCGUGCGCUGCGCCUUCACCGCCAUUCACAUGCGCAUGCGCACGACGUGCCGCCGCCCGACCCGCCGCCUCAGCACCAAGACAUGUUCGGCACUGCGCACGCGCUGUUAGCCACGGCCUGGGGGCAUUGCAUACCGCUGAUCUGCUCGGAGGGCGUGUGUGCGCUACGGCGGCUGAGCGCGGUGCGGCCGCGUGACGCCGUGCACUGUGCGGCGCCGCUCAUGGCCGUCAUGGCGCAGUCGCCAGAGUCCGUCUCCUACACGCCACUGUUCAGCGAGGUGUUGUCGACGCUGCUGAGCUCGGGCCCGUCGCUCGUGCAGCGCGCGCUGGGCCGCGGCUGUGUCAGCGGCGCCGACCUGCUGCUGCGCGUCAUCCUGCAGCACGUCGAGGGAGAACAGUACACGCCGGGGCUGCUGCAGGCCUGGGCCCACGCUCUCUUCGGCAAGAACAUAGUAAAUAGUGCCAGCAGUGCGCAGGGGCUAGUGCUGCUCGACGUGGCCGCGCUCGCCACCAGGGAUUGGGCAACGAUCGACGCGCACGCCACCGCGCUAGUCCAGGAGGAGAACUCUAAGGAUCUGAUCAACCUGUCGGUGCGGUGGGCGUGGUCGGCGCCGCUGGUGUGCGCGGCGGUGCUGCGUGCGGCGCAGGCGGCGAGCGCGCGGCGCCACGCGGCGCUGCUGCGGGCGGUGCAGGCGCAGCGCCGCGCCGCCGCCAAGAUACACGUCGACAACGCGCUGCACCAAAUCGACGCACGCAUGAGCUCCGAAGAGCUGACGAUAUACAGGAGCGCAAGCGCAGCCUCAUCGGCACCGCUUCACCACCCCGCGCACCUCACGCUCUGGAGGCUGUUCAUGCAUCUGUAUCUGGAGAGGGCGCCAGGGGAACCGAACGAAUCAGAACCGAUCGGUCCACUGUUUUUUAGUGGUAUUAUAAAAUCUAGAACAAUAGCACAGAUUAAAAAACGCCUUCUAGAGACUGCCACACACCACCACAACGAAGCAGAAAGACUGAAAGUAGAACAAAACACAUCCAUAGAAUCUACAUCGACUAUUACAAAAGAGAAAUCACCCAAACGAUCCGAUGAUAGUCUAUUCCCGAGUUUGACGAUAAUCGAUUUCACUGGUGAACCGAUUGAAAGUGAUUCCGAUUCUGAUGUGGAGGACGAAGAUGUUAAAAAAGAAGAUAAGAAUAAAUAUGUCAAGACUGAUGAUGUAAAGAGGAAGCAACACAAUUUGAUCACUUACCAUAUUGGUGCAGAGAAGAUGGUCCGCGAGUACCUGCGUUGGUUGGAAGAGGGCGACAAAGUGCGCGCGCUUCAACAUCACGCCGACAUAGCGAGGUUCAUUCCUGAACAGGCGUUAGAAGCAGCUUGGCAGGUCGCCCUGGCCCGCAGUCGGCCAUCGCCCGUAGACCUGGACUCACCCACGACACCGCCCGCAGUAGUAGAGCUGCCUGAACCGUCUACUCCUUUCAAGAACGCUGUCAAAGCCAUUCUCAAGAUCAGGGACCGAUCGCAAAAAAAAUCACGACGGACAACCAUAAAGUCGCCCAUUGAAGACAGCAAUAUCAAAGACUCUCGUACUUUGUUCUCUAUCGUCGAUAAACACUUGAAGGAUAUCCAAAGUCUGGCACAAGAUUGGUCAUCGGACGUAUCGCAAAUAUCGACUUUAGACAGCAAGCUGUGGGAGUUGGUGAGCGGGCUGCGCGUGCGCCGUUCCCUGCCACCCGUCAAACGGCAGUGCGCUAACAAGUGCAAACCUAUUACCAUCAUUAUACCACAUGAAGAGUGGUGUAUAUCCACGGCGGCGGAAAAUGGCAUCCGAGAGAAUAGAGCCCGGUGGAUGAGUACGGUGCGGCGCAUGACGCGCGCGCGGCCGCUCGCCGCCCGCACCGCCGCCGCACUGCACGCACUCGCCAGGCGAGGCGUACGGGACAGCGCAACUGCAGCGCUGGUGGCGGAGCGCUUGUGGCGCUGCACGGGAGUCGUGGAGACCUGUACUCUCGCGCGGCAAGCGCUUAAUGACACCAUGCAGCAGCUAGCUGAGUGUUGGAUCAGCCGCGACGGGCACGUGGUGGUGGAGCUGGUGUCGCGCUGGAGUCGCGGCGGUGGUGGUGGUAGCGAGGCGCAGCUGGCGCAGUGCGCGUCGCUGGUGGCGCCGCGGCUGCUGUCGCCGGUGCACUGGUCCCACGUCUACAUCACCGUGCUCAAAGCGCCGCUGCCUGAGCAUCUGCUCUUUAGCUGCCUUUCGAAGUUCGAGAUGGGCCGUUGGUCGGGCACUAUAACGCAGUCAGAGCGUCGUGACAUCCUGGACGCCCUGGGCGCCGCGGCGGUGCGCUGGGGCGCGUCCCCCACGCAGCUGCAGCGCGUGGCGCUGGAGCUGGUGGGCGUGCACGCGGCGGCGCUGCUCGACGGCCGCGAGUUCGUGUCGCACGUGCGGCGCUGCACGCGCGCCUCGCAGCUGCGCCACCUGCCGCCCGAACACUGGCUGCACGUCGUGCGGGCCGCGGACUCGUGUCUCGAUACUGUGCCCUUCGAUCAGAUGGGUCACAUGCUGCGCGAGCUGGGCACGGCGUGGUGGUCGGCGCGCGGCGAGCGCAGCGUGCGCGCGGGUGAGGCGGCCGCGCCCUACGCGCCGUACGCGCCGCAGCUCGCCGAGCUCAUGUACGUGCUCACGCGCGCGCUCGUGCGCGCCGCCGCAGCGCACAGCUACGAUGUCGAGAGAGUGGCUCAGUACGGAUGGGGCGCGGCGUGCGAGAUGUGGUCUCCGUGGGUGAUGCCGUACUCGUCGCCGUCGCUGCUGCCGGUGAGCGACGACGUCGACCACUACACGCCGAUGGUGGCGCGCUUCAUAGACGCGUUAUUGCACAUUAUUGAGGAGUAUCGAGGCUCUGAGAUCAGCGUGCUGCAGCAGGCGUGGGUGUGGUGCGCGAGCACGUGCGCAUGCGCACUGACGGGCACGUCGCAGGAGGCGCGUGCGGAGGCGCCGCUGCUGCUGCAACAAGCCGCGCGCCUGCCCUGGACCACGCACCAGUGGUGCCGCGGCGACACGCUCAACACCGCGCUGCAGAUGAGUAACGCGGAUGGCGUGCUGCAGGCGUGGUGCUGCCAGACGUGGCGGUACACCCUCGCGAACACGUGGAUGCACCCCGGGGCGGAGGAUUCCAGCGAGACCGGCCUGAAGUCCAGGCUCGUGCGGCUGCUGUACCUGUUCACCGGCACAUCGCUGCCACACUAUCCGGAGACGUUCGAAGAGGCGACAUAUUUACCGUGGUGGAAGCUGCCAGAUCAUUCUUUGGAACAGGGGCUGGAGUAUUAUUUCUCCUUGCACACGGAAACUGCAAGGCCCUAUCACGAGGAUCUGCAGUACAACGUGGUGCUGCACGCGGCGGGGCUGCGCGUGUCGCGCGUGUCGGCAGCGCAUGCGGCGCGGCGGCGCGAGGCGCGCGCGGCGUGCGUGUCGCGCGUCACGCGCGCCGCCGCACAGCCCGCGCUGGCGCCGCACGCGCCCGCGCACUGCCGCCGUCUGCUGCUCGACAUCACCGACGUCGCACCUCACUUAGAGAGUUCAGAAGGAGAAACGGAAGACCUACUGAGCCGAGCGAUAGUCAUUAUGUGCAUCGAGCCAACCGCGACGGCAGCGCUGCCGGUGUGGGAGCAGUGGAUCCGCUCGACAGAUCCUCGCAUGGUCCGCGCGGCGCUGUCGGCCGUGAGCGCGCUCACCGUGCUCGAGUACUUCGCGCCGCUCGCUGACGCCGCCGUGGCCGCGCAUCUCGCGCAUCACGGUGGGUGGACUUGCUGUUGUAUGUGUGUGGACUGUGGACUGUGGUCGGUACAAUCUCAGGUGUGGGAGCAGUGGAUCCGCUCGACAGAUCCUCGCAUGGUCCGCGCGGCGCUGUCGGCCGUGAGCGCGCUCACCGUGCUCGAGUACUUCGCGCCGCUCGCUGACGCCGCCGUGGCCGCGCAUCUCGCGCAUCACGGUGGGUGGACUUGCUGUUGUAUGUGUGUGGACUGUGGACUGUGGUCGGUACAAUCUCAGGUGUGGGAGCAGUGGAUCCGCUCGACAGAUCCUCGCAUGGUCCGCGCGGCGCUGUCGGCCGUGAGCGCGCUCACCGUGCUCGAGUACUUCGCGCCGCUCGCUGACGCCGCCGUGGCCGCGCAUCUCGCGCAUCACGGUGGGUGGACUUGCUGUUGUAUGUGUGUGGACUGUGGACUGUGGUCGGUACAAUCUCAGGUGUGGGAGCAGUGGAUCCGCUCGACAGAUCCUCGCAUGGUCCGCGCGGCGCUGUCGGCCGUGAGCGCGCUCACCGUGCUCGAGUACUUCGCGCCGCUCGCUGACGCCGCCGUGGCCGCGCAUCUCGCGCAUCACGGUGGGUGGACUUGCUGUUGUAUGUGUGUGGACUGUGGACUGUGGUCGGUACAAUCUCAGGUGUGGGAGCAGUGGAUCCGCUCGACAGAUCCUCGCAUGGUCCGCGCGGCGCUGUCGGCCGUGAGCGCGCUCACCGUGCUCGAGUACUUCGCGCCGCUCGCUGACGCCGCCGUGGCCGCGCAUCUCGCGCAUCACGGUGGGUGGACUUGCUGUUGUAUGUGUGUGGACUGUGGACUGUGGUCGGUACAAUCUCAGGUGUGGGAGCAGUGGAUCCGCUCGACAGAUCCUCGCAUGGUCCGCGCGGCGCUGUCGGCCGUGAGCGCGCUCACCGUGCUCGAGUACUUCGCGCCGCUCGCUGACGCCGCCGUGGCCGCGCAUCUCGCGCAUCACGGUGGGUGGACUUGCUGUUGUAUGUGUGUGGACUGUGGACUGUGGUCGGUACAAUCUCAGGUGUGGGAGCAGUGGAUCCGCUCGACAGAUCCUCGCAUGGUCCGCGCGGCGCUGUCGGCCGUGAGCGCGCUCACCGUGCUCGAGUACUUCGCGCCGCUCGCUGACGCCGCCGUGGCCGCGCAUCUCGCGCAUCACGGUGGGUGGACUUGCUGUUGUAUGUGUGUGGACUGUGGACUGUGGUCGGUACAAUCUCAGGUGUGGGAGCAGUGGAUCCGCUCGACAGAUCCUCGCAUGGUCCGCGCGGCGCUGUCGGCCGUGAGCGCGCUCACCGUGCUCGAGUACUUCGCGCCGCUCGCUGACGCCGCCGUGGCCGCGCAUCUCGCGCAUCACGGUGGGUGGACUUGCUGUUGUAUGUGUGUGGACUGUGGACUGUGGUCGGUACAAUCUCAGGUGUGGGAGCAGUGGAUCCGCUCGACAGAUCCUCGCAUGGUCCGCGCGGCGCUGUCGGCCGUGAGCGCGCUCACCGUGCUCGAGUACUUCGCGCCGCUCGCUGACGCCGCCGUGGCCGCGCAUCUCGCGCAUCACGGUGGGUGGACUUGCUGUUGUAUGUGUGUGGACUGUGGACUGUGGUCGGUACAAUCUCAGGUGUGGGAGCAGUGGAUCCGCUCGACAGAUCCUCGCAUGGUCCGCGCGGCGCUGUCGGCCGUGAGCGCGCUCACCGUGCUCGAGUACUUCGCGCCGCUCGUGUGGGAGCAGUGGAUCCGCUCGACAGAUCCUCGCAUGGUCCGCGCGGCGCUGUCGGCCGUGAGCGCGCUCACCGUGCUCGAGUACUUCGCGCCGCUCGCUGACGCCGCCGUGGCCGCGCAUCUCGCGCAUCACGGUGGGUGGACUUGCUGUUGUAUGUGUGUGGACUGUGGACUGUGGUCGGUACAAUCUCAGGUGUGGGAGCAGUGGAUCCGCUCGACAGAUCCUCGCAUGGUCCGCGCGGCGCUGUCGGCCGUGAGCGCGCUCACCGUGCUCGAGUACUUCGCGCCGCUCGCUGACGCCGCCGUGGCCGCGCAUCUCGCGCAUCACGGUGGGUGGACUUGCUGUUGUAUGUGUGUGGACUGUGGACUGUGGUCGGUACAAUCUCAGGUGUGGGAGCAGUGGAUCCGCUCGACAGAUCCUCGCAUGGUCCGCGCGGCGCUGUCGGCCGUGAGCGCGCUCACCGUGCUCGAGUACUUCGCGCCGCUCGCUGACGCCGCCGUGGCCGCGCAUCUCGCGCAUCACGGUGGGUGGACUUGCUGUUGUAUGUGUGUGGACUGUGGACUGUGGUCGGUACAAUCUCAGGUGUGGGAGCAGUGGAUCCGCUCGACAGAUCCUCGCAUGGUCCGCGCGGCGCUGUCGGCCGUGAGCGCGCUCACCGUGCUCGAGUACUUCGCGCCGCUCGCUGACGCCGCCGUGGCCGCGCAUCUCGCGCAUCACGGUGGGUGGACUUGCUGUUGUAUGUGUGUGGACUGUGGACUGUGGUCGGUACAAUCUCAGGUGUGGGAGCAGUGGAUCCGCUCGACAGAUCCUCGCAUGGUCCGCGCGGCGCUGUCGGCCGUGAGCGCGCUCACCGUGCUCGAGUACUUCGCGCCGCUCGCUGACGCCGCCGUGGCCGCGCAUCUCGCGCAUCACGGUGGGUGUGGGGAGCAGUGGAUCCGCUCGACAGAUCCUCGCAUGGUCCGCGCGGCGCUGUCGGCCGUGAGCGCGCUCACCGUGCUCGAGUACUUCGCGCCGCUCGCUGACGCCGCCGUGGCCGCGCAUCUCGCGCAUCACGGUGGGUGGACUUGCUGUUGUAUGUGUGUGGACUGUGGACUGUGGUCGGUACAAUCUCAGGUGUGGGAGCAGUGGAUCCGCUCGACAGAUCCUCGCAUGGUCCGCGCGGCGCUGUCGGCCGUGAGCGCGCUCACCGUGCUCGAGUACUUCGCGCCGCUCGCUGACGCCGCCGUGGCCGCGCAUCUCGCGCAUCACGGUGGGUGGACUUGCUGUUGUAUGUGUGUGGACUGUGGACUGUGGUCGGUACAAUCUCAGGUGUGGGAGCAGUGGAUCCGCUCGACAGAUCCUCGCAUGGUCCGCGCGGCGCUGUCGGCCGUGAGCGCGCUCACCGUGCUCGAGUACUUCGCGCCGCUCGCUGACGCCGCCGUGGCCGCGCAUCUCGCGCAUCACGACGCGGGCGGGUGGCAUUCGGUGUGCGCGCGCUGGGCGGCGUGUCCGUGGCGCGGCGCGGGCGCGCUGGUGUCGCGCGGGCGUCUGCGCGCCGCGUACGGCUGCGCGCUCGUGGCUGAGCCGCGCCGGCACGCGCACCACCGAGCGCAGGACGCGCUCGAUGCACUCGCCGCCACGCAGUUCAACUUCGUGGAAGACGAGGUGAUUCUAGCAGUGUGGAUGUGCUACGUGGGUCGUGGGCACGUGCAGUGCCGUGAAGGCACGUGCGCAGGCGCAUGUGCGGCGUUGCUGUCGCGAUGGGCCGACCCACCGCGCCGUUCGCUGCUGCGCUUCGUCACCAUGCAAUCCGAUAACGACAGGCCCACACUCGGACACCGGCUCCUCUGCCGUCUGUCGCAGUGCAUCAUCACGCCAUCCGAGGCGGCGACGCGCGCGUACGAGGCCGCGUGCCAGGCCAUGGGUAACACGUACAGUGACGUCAUGACGUGGGGCACCUCGCCGACACUCGACCGGCUACCGCGCCUGGCGUGCAGGUUGUACCCCAAACACACCGUCUACUUCGAACUGGAGUUAGAACUAGCUUCGGAUACCACCAGCUCGGAAUAGACAUUUUGUAUACUUUUCAGAGGUUUUGUACUUAUUUUUUUUAUAGUGUUACCAGUUACCAGUGAGAGCUACUUUUUUAUAUCGCACUUUGAGGAGAAUUUUAUUGUUGCUGUAAAAAAAAAAUUUUGUAAGGCUAAGACGAUAUGUAUUUUUUUUUAAAUGUUUAUACUCUACUCAUUUUACGUUAAGUGUCUUUAAAAAAAUAUUUACGUUAUUUGUAAUAUUGAAAGCAUAUCGUAGGAUAAAUAUGUGUAUAAUUAAAAGACAUUGUGUUCGGUGUGAGAUCUAUGUAUUUAUGUGAAAACUAAAGACCAUGGCAGCGGAGAGAACACAGUAUUUUGGUUGGUAGAAUAUUCUUUCGAAAUAAGGGGCCGUUCCAGUAUUGGACCGUUGGGGUCGAAAGGUUCUAGAGUGGAGGCCACGUACAGGCAAACGAAAGGUCGGACGCCCGCCUACAAGGUGGACGGACGACCUGGCUAGGGUCACAGGAAGUCGCUGGAUGCAGGCCGCUUCCAACAGGUCGACGUGGAGAUCCUUGGGGGAGGCCUAUGUUCAGCAGUGGACUUCCUGUGGCUGAUAUGAUGAUGAUUACGUAACGCAAUUUUUCUUGUAAAACGUUACGAUGCGUUACAGAAGCGGGAGGGGGGUUCUCGUACAAAGCGUAAUGUAACAUUGUUUUUUUUUUUAUUUUAAAACACAAUACCAAAGGUAUUUUAGCGAUAUUCGGGUAUUUUGUGUUAAAAAAAUUGUAAAUAUUCCAAAAAAAAAUUCACUUUAGAGUUAUAUAACUUUUGGAGGAGGGCAGGAAAACGUUACGGCGUGUUACAUGGGUGGGUGUGGGCUUCAAAAAUCUUAAAAAAUUGCGUUACGUAAUACUUGAACGGCCCCUAUAUUAAGGCGAUACCUCAAGGUCCAUUUUCAUACAUUUUGUUUCGGCUUUAAUCUGGGUAACUAA